AUGGACCCAGCCCGGGCAGCUCAACAAACUCGGUUUUUGGAAAUCUGGGAUGAAGCGCUGAAGAAUUACAAAACAGCAUUCAGCGGGGGGGAUUUAAGCACCAUACAACUUCCAGACCCAGCAAACCUAGAAGCGUUCAGACAAGAUAUCGAAAGUAGCCAGUCGCGAUUUGAGAAUUAUCGUGAAAUCAGAGCUUCGCUAUGGAAAUCACUAGCCAAUUUUCUAGUGCCGAUAGAAAUGCUUGGAGGGGUUGCUUCGCAGGGAGCUGUUGCUGCAUUCCAAGCUUCGCCGGCAAUAAUGGCUGCAGUGAGCAUUUUGAUUAAGGGAGCGAGGGGAGUUAGUCAAUCUUAUGACUAUAUACAAGAACUUUUUAAUGAUAUUGGACCAAUUCUGUCGAGACUUCAAAUACAUGCUCGGAAGGAUCUCCCGGUUGAGUUGAAGCAAUUGUAUAUCGAUAUUUUAGCCUGUGUGCUUGAGAUUAUUGGAGUUUCGACGAAGUAUGUUACAGAGGGGAGGACUAAACGGUUUCUCAAACGGAUCCUAAAACCGGAGGACAGUCGUGCUUCCGAAUUAAAGAUUAAGCUCCAGACACUUGUCGGGCAAGAAUCCACACUAGUGGGGGCGUUGAAUCUGGAGGCCAACGGAAGCAUCCUCGAGACAACGAAAUUGACAGGGAAAAUCAUCAGUAAACUUGAUUCAAAAAUCGAAGAUCUCGCGAAUUCUGUCAACCAGAUUCCAAAACAGCCGAAAGGAAACCGAUCAAAGAAUUCGGGCAAAGUUAGUAGCAAUGAGAUGCUGAAGAAGCUGAGAGAAAGGUUGCUUCCGCAGCUUAACCUGGAGGACGACCUCCUCAAUCUCAAAUAUCUGGCGGGUACAGGGGACUGGGUGCUCACUGAGCCGUUGAUCCAACAAUGGAUAGAAGGAAAUAUUCCCUUCCUGAGGCUCUCUGGAGGACCUGGGGCGGGAAAAUCCCACCUUUCGUCUUUUCUAGUCCACCACCUACACAAUAUGCAAAAAAAGACGCCGGAUGAUAUUUCUGUUAGCUAUUUUUUCUUCAGGGAUAACGACCCUCAAAGAAAUUGCUUCGCUAUUGCUCUCCGAACGAUAGCUUACCAAAUAGCGUUAUCCGAUCCUAUGUACCGGCAGCUCGUCGAAAAUACUUGUCAAGGCAUCGAAGACAUUGGAACAUUGGCUAGUGUGUGGAGGCAUUUGUUUCGAGUGUUUUUCGCGACGAAAUUUCAAUCUCGGAUAUUUAUCGUAUUGGAUGGGGUUGACGAAGCUCAAAGAGACCAGUUGGUGCCUUUUUUGAAACUUCUUAGGGAAUUUUGCACGGAGGGAAACCAGGGACACGGAAGAGUCAAUAUUCUUAUGGUUGGACGAUGGGAUAUUGACUGGUACGUGGAGGAAGUUUUCGAAACCCAAGUUCCAUGCGUCGACAUCUUACCCGGAAAGAAUAACGAAGAUAUAAACAAAUAUAUCUCUCAUAUUUUGGCAAAGAGCAGGAAUCUUAAGAAGACUAGCCCAGAGCUCCAAUCUGAAAUCCUUAGCGUUCUAACGUCCGAGGCUGAUGGGAUGUUUCUCUGGGCGGAUCUCAUGCUCAAGGAAAUCUCGACGAAAAACCGGGAGGCAUUGAUUCGAGAAUCACUACAAAAUUUACCGAAGGGGCUGCCAGAUACCUACGAGAGGAUGUUUCGUGUGUUCUCGGAGGCUCUAAUAGAUGAGCCAGAUCAAAUCAAAGAUCUCAACGAACUGCUUCUGUGGGUUGGAUUUGCGAGUCGACCGCUGAGCUUAGCGGAACUUGAAGUCAUUCUAGAACUCAGAUAUGGUGAUGGGGGGAGACUAAUAGACCUUCACGACGAAAUAACGAAGAAAUAUGCUUCUUUUUUCACAAUCUCGAAUAUCGAGUACGAUGCGAGGGACGGAAACACCGGCACAGGGCUUUCUCUAGAGCAAAAAUACACUUCGAUCGUUCGACUUCGUCACGCUUCCCUUGGCGACUUCUUGAGGCUGAAAAGAGCCAAAGAAACAUCAGUUGGUUUAAAAGUUGACGAUGCCCAAUUGCACUGUUUUAAAACCUGCGCCAAGUUUAUGGCAGACCCCGAAAAUAUGCCGAAAAUAGACACUCAGUUUCGCCUACCUGAGAUGUUCACUUACUCAAGACGGGACAUCUCGGACGGCCCUCUUCGAGCAGAAAUUGUAGGCGAACGGUCAAAUUUGGUCUUUGCUUCUUAUGCCUUACACCACUGGCGGUCACAUUUCGGUAGAAUCACCGCUGGCCAAACUUCUUUUAAGGACAGGGAAGAGGUUCUCAGCUAUUUACAUCAAAUAUUUACCAAACCACACAUUCUCGCGGCCCGGUACCAAAACUACAUAUAUAGAUUCCCAAGCGACACCUUAAAAAUCCCCCCUGGCCUCGUCGCUAAAUAUAAAAAUGAAGAAUUAGCAUUCGGUCCGGAAACCGUGGGUUAUUCGCCUAAGGUGGCAGGUGAUAUGUUUGAGGUUGUUAAACAUUGGAUACUGAUGAAUUUCGGAACAAGGCAAAUUAUAGUGUCGGUCGGAGCGGGUACGAAACCAGUCAGAACGGAAAUGAUAUUAAACUUGUCCCGACUGAACACUGAAGACGGGGCCCAAGUUAAAUCGUGGGCUUUGGGUCCCUUCUCGCCAUGGGGUCAAAGGCCGCUCUUUUUUUACCCUAUGAUAAAAGAGAUGUAUUUUUUGGCAUUGGGUGGAGGCUCUGAGCUCGUGACGGAUGAAACUGAAGCUGCAAGGUUCCUAUCCUUAAUGUAUGACUAUAUAUCUAAGCUGUGGCCUGGCUACAAGCUCCCAUUUUCUAAAUCGCAGGGAGAGACUCGGACUAUAAACUGGUUUGGCGUCAAAAAUGAAGGAGAUAAUGGUAGAAAUCUCGAGCCCAUAUUGGAGUUCAUCUCUUUGGAGAAGAAUGCUAUUUGGUAUUUUAGCGUCGCUCAUAUACUCCGCGGUCUUGGGGCCUUUGAAAUAGCACAAACAUAUUGUGUCAGAGCAUCAUCUGCAACGAGAUCUGAAGAUAAUUUUCUCCGCGCAAGGAUUUGUCACCUCCGAUAUGAGUGUGCAUAUGCUUCUUUCCUUAGGACAAAAUCCGCUACUGACUUGCGCUUGGCUAAAGUGUCUCUCGAGAUUGCCAUUAAAGAGAUGACUCGAGAUAUCAAAUUGCUUGAAGAUCUUAAAAUGCGCGAUUUGACCCCCUGGUCGCUGUGUAGGCCUAGGGCAACAGGAUACUUGAACGACUACCUCGCGUUCAUGGCCAAAUACGGAUGGACUCAGAAUACCAAAAUGAUGGAAAUUUUGGUUUUGAAUCUAUUACGUAAAAUCGACAAAGCAUUUGAGCCCAUUUCGAUGGUUAGGCUAGCGCCGGCUUGA